GCAUUAUCCGCAGUGUGGCUCGAGAGCCGGGAGCCAACAUGGCAAUAAGCGUGCCGAAAAUAUACCGCGAUCCGCGUCAUCAGUGUUGAUUAUGCUCGAGCGCGACAACAAACCCAAACAGGUUAACCGCGCGACAUGGGUGUAAUGUUGUAGUAGUAAAGUCAGUGUACGAACAUUCCUCCACAUAGUAUGGCGUCGGUCGCCGCUUGGCUGCCAUUUGCGCGGGCGGCGGCCAUAGGAUGGGUUCCCAUAGCCACCCAUCCGCUCCCACCGCCGCCCGUUCCCAAGGAUCGUCGGAAAGCCGACGACGAAAAGCUGCUCAUAAACGUCUCGGGACGAAGGUUUGAGACGUGGAGGAACACGUUGGAGAAGUACCCUGACACUCUGCUCGGUUCUAACGAGCGAGAAUUCUUCUACGACGAAGAUUGUAAAGAGUACUUUUUCGAUAGAGAUCCGGAUAUAUUUCGACACAUCCUCAAUUAUUAUAGAACUGGAAAAUUGCACUAUCCGAAACAUGAGUGUUUAACUAGCUACGACGAAGAGCUAGCAUUUUUCGGCAUUCUUCCGGACGUAAUCGGCGACUGCUGUUACGAAGACUACAGGGACAGAAAACGAGAAAAUGCAGAAAGACUCAUGGAUGACAAAUUAUCGGAAAACGGCGACCAAAAUCUUCAACAACUAACUAAUAUUAGGCAGAAAAUGUGGAGGGCAUUUGAAAAUCCUCACACUUCAACAGCGGCGUUGGUCUUUUACUAUGUCACCGGAUUCUUUAUUGCCGUUUCGGUGAUGGCAAACGUCGUGGAAACGGUUCCGUGCGGAAAACGGCCUGGUCGAGCGGGUCCUCUUCCGUGUGGUGAACGUUAUAAAAUAGUUUUCUUCUGUUUGGACACGGCCUGCGUAAUGAUCUUUACCGCCGAGUAUCUACUCAGGUUAUUCGCGGCCCCGAAUCGGUACAAAUUCGUUCGUAGCGUGAUGAGCAUCAUAGACGUUGUUGCCAUAAUGCCGUAUUAUAUUGGCCUCGGCAUCACCGAUAACGACGACGUUUCCGGGGCCUUUGUCACUCUUCGCGUGUUUCGCGUUUUUAGGAUCUUCAAGUUCUCGCGCCACUCCCAAGGUUUGCGCAUCCUCGGUUACACGCUCAAGUCUUGUGCUUCCGAGCUCGGCUUCCUCGUCUUUUCGCUAGCCAUGGCCAUCAUCAUCUUCGCCACCGUUAUGUUUUAUGCGGAGAAAAACGUUGGUGGCACACCUUUCACUUCAAUACCCGCCGCUUUUUGGUAUACUAUAGUCACUAUGACUACUUUAGGUUAUGGGGAUAUGGUUCCGGGGACUAUAGCGGGAAAAAUCGUCGGUGGAGUUUGUUCUCUUAGCGGCGUCUUGGUAAUCGCUCUUCCCGUUCCGGUUAUUGUUUCGAAUUUUAGCAGAAUUUAUCAUCAGAAUCAAAGAGCCGAUAAACGAAAAGCGCAAAGGAAAGCAAGAUUAGCAAGAAUCCGUAUUGCAAAGGCAUCAUCUGGAGCUGCAUUUGUCAGCAAGAAAAAGGCUGCGGAAGCUCGAUUGGCAGCCCAAGAAUCUGGAAUUGAGUUGGACGAUAAUUAUCGGGAGGAAGACAUUUUCGAGUUGCAACACCAUCAUCUUUUGAGGUGUUUGGAGAAGACGACUGAUCGCGAAUUUGUUGAACUGGAGGUUCCUUAUAACGGACAUCCAAAACGACCUGGAUCGCCAUCGCCGUUGGCGAGCCCGGCGCAUUCGGCGGUAUCUAUAGGGCUUUUGCAGUCGUGUUGCGGAAGAUGUUGCCCGAGAAGGUAUCAACAAGGUUGCGGGAAAUAUAUGCCGGCUACAUCGGCCGCUCAAAGUAAACAAACUGGUGGCGGUAUGGAUGGGACUUAUUUGGUUGAGGCUUCGUUUUAAGCCACAUAUCACAUUUCACUUGAUUAAUUUUUUAUUAAAUUUUAAAACUAAGAAGAUAAAUUCUAAAUAUUUAAGUUCUUCUUUAACGAUUAUUAUUUUUCGAGUUUUUCAAUAUUCUAAAUAGAACGGAAUUUGUUAAUAAGUGAUUGCAAAAAAAUCUUGUUCGAGUUUGCGAUUAAAUCAUUAUUAACUGAGGGGAUUAACUACAUUUAAAAUUAAAACAUUCCCCGAUAGUUAAUUUGUUCAAUUAAAAUAAGAAGCAGUGAACUCUAAAUGAACUUUUUUUUCGUUUUGAUGUACGCGAAUAAGUAUAAAUUUCCAAUACUUCGAGAUGUGUAGUAUAAAUAAUGUGAUAUAGCUUAUAAAAAAAGUAAAAAGGAAAAAGAGAAGUAAAAAGUUCGUUACAGUACUUGCAUGUGUCUUAAAUUUAUAGUCAUUGUUUGUAGAAGGUUAAAAAGAUAAAAUCCUCGACUAAAAAAUAAAAAAAAAGCUUAAGAAAUGAAUACGCUCAUUUAAAGGUUUGUGAAAUCUAAUUUGAAACUAAAAAAU